GGGGGUGGGGGGUUGUUUGUGUAGAAUAAUAUAUUGAGCCGUCCGGGCUCCAGACUAUACUCCUGCGCCCCGGAGAGAGAUCUUGUGUUUGGGGGGAGGCCAUGCGUAGAGUUCAUCAACGCUUUACGGGGCAGUUUUUUUUUUACGCAUUUAAGGGUCUCGAGUUUUUGGAUGGAAGAAAAGCAAAAGCAAUGAUGGGAUAAAUGGUGCGUUGGAAGAAAAGAUACGGUGUCGGAGAAUAGUCUAUUUCUUCUGCUGUAAUACAUAGAGGACCGAUCGAUUUUUAUUCGAUCAUUUUUAUUGAUGACAACCUAAAUACCGGAAUACACAACGCCCGUAGAUGCGGGAUUUUAUCGCAAGGACUUGGGCUGGAACCUCGUCUACAGAAAGCAUUACAUACAUGCGUUAUCUGUAAGGUGGGAUAAAGCCAGGACAGCAAUCAUCAGCAAGUCCCCCCCCCCCUAUAGACUCUGGAUCUUUUAUAUAAGACUCUACAUCGAAUCUUAUUUCAUCGAUUAAAACUGAAUAUUAUUUUUUUUUUACAAAACGCCAAAAAAACCGACACAAACUACGGAUUCUUCCAACCACAUAUAGUCCUCCAAAUCUUCGUCCUCCAAAUUUUCUUUUUGUGCCUUUUUUUUCUUUCCCGUAAACAUUUAAAGUCGUUUGGAAUUGACUUCCGUUUUCCCGUAAACAUUUAAAAAGUCGUUUGGAAUUGACUUCCGUUUUCCGUAAACAUUUAAAAAGUCGUUUGGAAUUGACUUCCAUUUUCCGUAAACAUUUAAAAAGUCGUUUUGGAAUUGACUUCCGUUUUCCGUAAACAUUUCAAAGUCGUUUGGAAUCGACUUCCGUUUUCCCGUAAACAUUUAAAAAGUCGUUUUGGAAUUGACUUCCGUUUUUUAUUUUAUUUUUUUUUUCUCCUUCGAGGGAAUGCACAUUGGGGCUCAGUUUACGAGGAUGAAGAAGAUCUUCAAAGUUCUGGACGGUUUUACGGCCUCGUCGCCGACCGGUGGAGGCGCCGGGGUUGGCGGCGGCGGACCAGGCGGGGGAUGUUCGCUUUAUCCGUCUGGAUCGCUCGGAUCUGUCCUGUCCCCCAGGGAAACGGAAAUACCGGAGAGCCUGACCUCCGAGCAGUUCCAUGUCUGCAAGACUGUUCGGCACGGAUUUCCUUACCAGCCCACGGCUUUAGCCUUCGAUCCGGUUCAGAAAGUUCUGGCGGUCGGGACAAGGAAUGGCGGAGUGCGCAUACUGGGCCGGCCGGGCGUUGAUUGCCAUUGUCAGCAUGACAGCGGAGCAGCCGUCCUGCAUCUCCAGUUCCUUAUCAACGAGGGUGCCUUGGUCACUGCAUGUGCCGACGAGACUCUUCACUUAUGGAACCUGAGACAGAAGAGGCCAGCUGUUCUACAUUCCCUUAAAUUUAACAAAGAAAGGAUUACGUGCUGCCACCUGCCUUUCCAGAGUAAAUGGCUCUAUGUGGGGACGGAGAGAGGAAACACGCACAUUGUAAAUAUCGAAUCCUUCAUCCUGUCCGGAUACGUCGUCAUGUGGAACAAGGCAAUAGAGCUAUCUACCAAGACUCACCCGGGGCCGGUUGUACAUUUAAGUGACACGCCAAGAGAUGAAGGAAAGUUACUCAUAGGAUAUGAAAGUGGGACAAUUGUACUUUGGGACUUGAAAUCUAAAAGAGCUGAACUCCGGUUUUACUAUGAUGAGGCAAUCCAUUCUAUAGGCUGGCACCAUGAAGGACGUCAGUUCAUGUGCAGUCACUCGGACGGCAGCCUCACUGUAUGGAACAUGAAGAACCCUGCCAGGCCCUUUCAAGUCACUAUUCCCCAUGGGAAGAAUCAAAAAGAUGGAAGGAAACCUGAAUCCUGUAGACCGAUAUUAAAGGUUGAAUACAAAACCUGUAAGAACAGCGAGCCGUUCAUCAUAUUCUCCGGAGGCUUGUCCUACGAUAAAGCCAGCAGAAGACCGAGUCUGACCAUCAUGCACGGAAAGGCCAUCACCGUCCUGGAGAUGGAUCACCCCAUUGUGGACUUUUUAACCCUUUGUGAAACGCCCUAUUCAAAUGAAUUCCAGGAACCGUACGCCGUGGCCGUGUUGAUGGAGAGGGAUCUUAUCGUGGUCGAUCUCACACAGAGCAAUUUUCCGAUCUUUGAGAACCCGUACUCCAUGGACGUCCAUGAGUCUCCUGUGACCUGUACGGAGUAUUUCGCAGACUGCCCCCCUGACCUGAUCCCGGUGCUCUAUUCUGUCGGAGCAAAGAACAAAAAGCAAGGAUACAGCAACAAGGUAUGGCCGCUAACAGGAGGAAUAUGGAACCUUGGAACUACAGCCUACCCAGAAAUGAUUGUUACAGGGCAUGCCGAUGGAUCGGUCAAAUUCUGGGACGCAUCUGCAAUCAGCUUACAGAUGCUGUACAAGCUGAAGACCUCCAAGGUGUUCGAGAAGCAGAAGGUGGGAGAAGGGAAGCAGACCGCCGAGAUAGUAGAGGACGAUCCUUUCGCCAUCCAGGCCAUGUCAUGGUGCCCAGAGAGCAGGAUCUUCUGCGUGGCCGGAGUGUCGGCCUAUGUCAUCCUCUACAGAUUCAGCAAGCAUGAAGUGAUCACGGAAAUUGUGUCCUUGGAAGCACGACUGCUGUGCGAGAUUGAGGAAAUGAUGACUCCCGACCCAGACAGUGUCCUUCCUUUCCCUGAACCCACAUCCCAACCCCUGUCCAUGAAGAGCAGGAUGUUGGCUGGCAGUGCCAAUACUGUCACCAAUGAGGGGCCUCCAAAGGACAGUAUACCAUGUCUGAGUGUGAAGAGCCGACCAGUGAGGAUGCCCCCGGGGUACCAGGCAGACCUUGUAGUCCAGCUUGUGUGGGUGGAUGGAGAACCUCCGCAACAGAUCACCAGCCUAGCUGUGAGCUCCGCCUAUGGACUAAUUGCCUUCGGAAACGGUACCGGAUUGGCCGUUGUAGAUUACAUUCAGAAAACCAUCUUGCUCAGCAUGGGGACGGUGGAACUAUACGGGACAAGCGAUCCGUACCAGCGCCAGCCACGCUCUCCGCGCAAGAGUAAGCAGUUCAAUGCAGACAACUUUUGCAUGCGUGGCCUGUCUAAUUUUUACCCAGAUUUAACGAAACGGAUCCGUACUUCCUAUCAGAGUCUACAAGAACUCACAGACAGCCCCGUGUCCCUGGACCUGGAUCGCUGCAAGUCCCCAACUUCAGUUAAAGGAUCAAGAAAGUUAAGUCUGCCAACAGAUCUUAAGACUGAUCUUGAUCACGUGAAUGGCCACUGUACGAGUCCAACAUCGCAGACCUGCAGUUCAGGCAAACGCAUCUCCAGCGCUGAUGCAGCGAAGUCCAACAGGAGGGGUCCCGGAAGACCACCUUUCCGGAAAGCCCAGUCUGCAGCAUGCAUGGAGAUAACGCUCCCCGUCACCAAUGAAGCAGUAGGUUACAUAUCCAGGCGGACAAUGCUUCAUCAAUUACAUGGAGUCAGUGUAUUCUCAAAUGACGAGUACCACUAUUCUUCUUCUAACUCGUGGCCAGAGAAAGAAAGUCGGGAGAGCUCCUUCAGCCGAUCUCGCAGCUCCAGCGUGUCAAGCAUUGAUAAGGAGACCAGAGAGGCCAUCACAGCCCUGUACUUCAUGGAGUCCUUCUCUCGAAAGAAUGAUCCGUCACCCUCACCGUGCCUCUGGGUGGGGACCAGCCUGGGAAUGGUGCUGAUCAUAUCUCUGAACGUUCCCGCAAGUGAGGAGCAGAGACAGGCAGAGCCGGUGGUGGUCACUCCAAGCGGUACCGUACUCACACUGAAGGGGGCAGUGCUGACCUUCUCCUGCCUGGACUGUAUGGGAUCUUUAAUCCGCCCAUCCUACGAAGUCUGGAGGGACCCAAACAGCACGGACGACAACGAGAAGACGAGGAAGAGGAAACUGGUGGCGUUCUCUCCAUCCUCCUCGCAGGAUAUGAGCGAUCACCAGUUCGCCGUGGUCUGCUCAGAAAAGCAAGCCAAAGUUUUCUCUCUGCCUUCCCAGACGUGUCUGUACGUCCACAACAUUACCGAGACCUCCUUCCUCCUGCGGGCCGACGUGGUCACCAUGUGCAACAACGUCCUGCUGGCCUGUUUCUGUGCCAAUGGGCAUAUCAUGACAAUAAGCCUGCCCAGCCUGCGUCCUCUGCUAGAUGUCAAUUACUUACCUCUGACGGAUAUGAGGAUAGCCAGGACCUUCUGCUUCGCUAAUGGCGGCCAGGCGCUGUACCUGUGUUCUUCCAGUGAGAUCCAAAGAAUAACGUACAGCCAGGAAAUGUGCGACAGUCUGCAGGAAAUGCUGGGGGACCUCUUCUCGCCGGUGGAGACCCCAGAAGCUCAGAACCGAGGAUUCCUGAAAGGACUGUUUGGCGGAAGCGGGCAAACCUUAGACAGGGAAGAACUUUUCGGUGAAGCCACAUCCGGAAAAGCCUCCCGCGGCUUGGCACAGCACAUCCCCGGACAGGGCGGGAUAGAGGGAGUGAAGGGAGCAGCCACUGGAGUGGCUGCCGAUUUGCAUAGAGCUCGUAUCGCACUGGAUGAAAGAGGACAGCGUCUGGGCGAGCUGGAGGACAAGACAGAACGCAUGUUGUCCAGUGCAGAAGCUUUCUCUAAACAUGCACAUGGGCUGAUGGUUAAACACAGGGACAAGAAGUGGUACCAGUUAUAAGUUGUGGGAGUUCAGAGAGGCCUGACAAGUUUCGUCCUAUCGUGGACUUGCGAACGACCCCCCCUCAAAUCGAUGGCUAAACUCCAGCAUUCUCCAGCAACACAGAAAGCAGCACGCCAUGGUCCCCCCCACCCCCCCCCCACACACAGGGAAAGCGUGUUGAGCACUGAAUGGACAGACUGUGCAACAGGAACUGCACCCCUAGUGACCCCCUCCCCUGCGGAGCCACUACAAUAAACAGAACCUUGGGGGAGGGGAGGGUUACACUCUCUACAAGGACUUUUCAAUAUAGAUUCUCAAGAGGGCAUGUCAACUUUUUUUUUUUAAAUGUUUUCUGAAAACAAAAAAAGAAAAAAAAUAUAUAUAAGUGUCCUGUACAAACCUAGGCUAUAUUCGCACUUCUGGUGACAAACUACGCAGAAGUAGAAUCCUUAUUUGCAUGACAAGAACAGACGCAUGCUGUGGAGGAAGGAAAGGGGUGAUAGCAGGUUGGACGGACGAUGACGCCGGCGGCGGCCAGUGCUCAGACAGUAUUUUUUUUUUUUCAUUUUGUGCGCCUAGUCCUUGCUGUUUCAUUUAGCGCUUUGUCUUUGCUGCACUUAGAGCCUUCAUUGCGUUGUUUCCCCCGGAAGCGCAAGGGGGGAAUGCCAGCGCAGAAGGGGGCGUUUUAUUUUUCAGUGUGCGGAGUUGUACAGAUGUAUAAAACAAAAAAGAUAGAGAGAAAUUAUUGUAAAAUCCCGGAUGCUGGGCUGCACACUAUCCUGUACCAAACGACUUCUUAUGUAAAGGAAACCCCCCCCCGGGUCCCGCGAGCCUACGCUGUAUGUAAGUGACCGCGGCGGGGGAACGCCGGCGCGUUUUACAAAAGAGGUAAGGUAGCUGUCGCCCGCUCCUUUCAAUAGAAUAGUUCUACAAAAAAGCAAAAAUUGUAUGUGUUUGAAAAUUAAAGUGUAAUUUGACAUCCCUAUGAA